UGCUAACAAUCGAACUGAUGGUGGGAGAUUUUGCAGCUUACAACAAGCCUGAUUAGCAGUAAGGAGAUUACAAGUGCAGCAUGGGAAGUUAACCCGGCCUUCCAGAAAUGCAGCGUUUGCUUCAUGGCUCAAACUGCGGUAGAUCGAACUCUUCCAGGGGAUGACGGCCGUCUGGUGUGAACGCAGAGCAGGAGCGUAGCGGUGAAAAACUGCUCCUCAUGGGGGAAGAGCCCCGCUUCAGGUCAGAUUUAAACAUUUCUGUUUCCUUCAUUCAGUUCAGUUCCUGUUUUUAUGCUGACAGACUGGAAAUGUUGGAGGCUAUCGAGUGCAGACUGCUGCAUUUCACAUUAAUUUGAAUAUUUCACUGUUUGUGUCUCUUAUUUUGUAAAUUAAAUGUCUCCAAGCUGUUAUUAUCCAUUCUCUGAUUAGGACAGAAGCCCGUCAGCAGAGUGUGCGUUGUAAUGAAGAUGUUUCAGAAGUAAAACUUUGACCUUGUUCUUUGUCUGCAGCUCCAAUGUGCUUGCUGUGUCUUUGGAGUUGUGGAGAACCUAAAAUACUUCAUUAAGCUCCUUAUGACACCCUGCUGGCUGCUUCAGCUGCUCCUCUGUCUUGGAGCAUUCACUCAGACAAAGGCUGCACCGCUACACCGACUCUGGACCUCUGACAGUGUUGGACCCUUGUGGACCAGAAGCACAGGUUGUGUGGUGAUCGGUUAAUCUCACAGCAGUUUUGCAGGUUGAAGUCACAUUCGCGAGCGGCUGUGUUGAAGAGUCGAGUGUUUCCGUCCAAAUCCAAGAGAAAGCAAGUUGCUCUCUAUUCUGGAAAGGAUUACUGUUUAAAUUGAAUGUAGAGGAAACAUAAAAAUCUGUAUUUUCUGGUGCCUUCACCUUCACAAAGCACUGUUAACCUACAUUUUAAAAAUAUUGUUUGUAAUGUACGAAACGUUUUCAGCCUUAAAAGUGUUUUGAGCUGAAAGCCUUAUUCUGUUGAAAUGAGAAAUUUGGAGAAAAUCUAAGAAGAUAAUUAACAGAUCAGAUUUCUUCCUGGCCAGUGGUGGGUACGCUUCCAUUAAUUUGCUAAUUGCAAAGCUAAUUUUAGAACUUUAGCAUUUUUGCUAACUUUGAAAACAUUUAGCACACUUAGCUUCCCCUAAUUUAAAUUCCAACAUGCUAAGUUACUUGUUGUUUUUUAAACUUUCAGUUGAAUAAAGCUUGACAUCGCUGUUUAAGUUUGUUAUCAACUGCGAAUAAUAAGGUAGUUAGCCUUAUUUUGAAGUGCAUUAAGACUAUUUACAUAGCAGUUCCAUUUCCUCUCUUUUCCCAAUAAUUUUAUUUCAAACAAGAAAUAAUAAACAGACUGUUGAGAACAAGAUAUAAACAUAAAUACAAUAUCUAGCAACAUUAUUGAACAUGUAAAUUUAUAAUGUCAAAAUUAAAUUGGUGCUCGAGAGUUGCACUCUUUCAACAGCAGAUAUAAUUUGAAUUGAAGUUAGCGCUUUAGCAUUAGCGGAACUAAGGGUUAGCGCUAUUAACUUUUUAGCUAGCGGUGCCCACCACUGGCAAAAGAUAUUUCGAUAUUUUGUUCAAGAAGCAGUUGUCAUGUUUGAGAUCCUGGGGAUGUUCAUGAUCAAACACCAAGUGGUUGUUUUGGUUCUGCAGCCUUGAGGCUCUCUUGGAGUUGACCAUGUCCGGUUCCUCCUGGACGUAAGUCCCUCUGAAGCGACAUGGCAGUCGGAAAGAUUACCUUCACCAAGACUGAAAGAGAGAAGCUAGCUGAAGUCCUCUGGCUGCUCAACUGGAUCUCUGUGGUGACUGGAGCCAUUCUGUUUGGACUGGGCUUGUUUCUCAAAAUAGAGAUACAGAAAUGGCAGGAAGUGAUGUCAGAGCAGGGGAUUCUCUAUGUGCCACACAUGCUCAUCACCACAGGACUAGCAGCCUGCGGCAUCAACUACCUCGGCAGUAAGAUCUGCCUGGACUGCGCUGACACAAACAAGUUCCUACGCUGGAAGCUGGUGAUGAUACCCUACAUAGUUUGCACCUUCUUCUUCACUGCCUGCGUCCUGGUGGGGGCGCUCAUGUGCUACAGUAUUCGGAGUCAGCUGGAGGAGGCCCUGUACCUGGGCCUAAGGAACACAAUGCGUUUUUACAAGGACACGGACACACCCGGCCGCUGCUACCUGAAGAAAACCCUGGAUCUGUUGCAGAUCCAGUUCCAGUGCUGCGGGAACACCGACUACCGAGACUGGUUCCAGAUUCAGUGGAUCAGCAGUCGCUACCUUGACAUGACCAACAGCGCUGUGGUGGACCGUGUGCGCAGUAACGUGGAGGGGAAGUACCUGAUGGACAGCGUUCCCUUCAGCUGCUGCAGCACCCUGUCGUCCCGACCCUGCAUCCAGCACAACCUGAGCAACCCCGGAGCGCACGCGCACUACGACGAGCGGAGCCAGCAGCUGAACCUGUGGAGGCGAGGCUGCCAACAGGCCCUGCUGGACCACUACACCGGCAUCAUGCAGUCCAUCGGCCUCACCGUGCUGCUCAUCUGGCUCUUCGAGCUACUGGUUCUGACUGGAGUUCGGUACCUGCAGACGGCCAUGGAGAACGUCAUCCGGCUCGGGGAUCCGGAGUCGGAGUCAGAGGGCUGGAUCCUGGAGAACAGCCUGGCGGAAACAGCCUGCUACAACUUCAGCAUCAUCAAGAGCCUGGGGAAGUGCUACCAGGUGGACGACGACCCGAACAUCAACGUCCCGACGGCGGCGGCCGACCAGGAGGUUCCAUCCGCCCAGGUCCAGGUCAACGUGACCUCCUGACCUCCUGACACCAUGACACGCUCUGAUCUGGAGAACUCCAUCGAAACGUUCUGCCUUUGGAAAAAAAACCUAAAUGAAGUUUUGUCAUCAUAAAAAACUGCAGCAAAACACAAAUAUUUUUUUAUAAAGAUUUUAGGUUUUUGUACUCUUCUAAAAAUCAACAACAAAGACUUGAAAAUGUUCUGAAACUAAAUACAGACGGUGCUAAAGCAGAAACAAGGCUUGAAUCCAGUCCAAUCCUUCCUGCCGGGACUCUGUGUUCUCCAGAAAACUGGAGAUUUAAUGGUCUGUCCUGGUUGUGUGUCUCUGUUUCCCAGAGACGGACAGAAAGCGCCUCCAGGUACGAGGAGCCGUCAGUAAAGUUACACAGUCAAAAGGUAACAGCAAUAAUUUGGGUUAUUUAGGAAAAACAAAGAGAGUUUUUUCACCAUAUUAUUCAUUAAUUUAUAAGUGUCACAGUUUCAAACUAAAUAUUUAGUUGUUAGCUAAAUAUUUAGCAUGCUAACUAAAUAUUUAGCUAAUAUUCAGGGCUACAUAUUUAGUUAACCAACUAAUUGUUGGUUACUUAGCUUGGACCUAAAUAUUUAGCUGGUUAACUAAAGUUUAGCUUGAUGGCUCAAUAUUUAUCUAGUUCAAAGAUAAAUAUUUAGCUAACCAACUAAAUAUAUACCUUUGAACUAGGUAAAUAUGUAAUUAGCAAGCUAAAUACUUAGCUUGCUAAUUACAUAUUUAGUCUAAAAGGUAAAUUUUAUAUUAAUAAGAUGGUUAAAAUAUGAGUUUGAAAUAUGAACUCCCAUUUUGGUCUCUAAUGCUAGGUAAGCUAAAUUGCUGCUAUAACAUUUUGAUUGUGUAAACUUACAAACAGAACCGAAACAUUUUCAGUUUGACAUCAUCCAAUAAAAACGGGUCAAUUGUCCAAGUUGUUACACUUUGCUACCAGAGGGGGCGCUGAGUGCUUGUUGGUUGGUCUCCACUUACCACAAAGCAACAAACUUAAGAAAGAUCUUUACAUAACAUUUGGUCGGACUAUCAUGUUCUUCAGAACCAAGAGUCAAAAUGAGGUCCUCAAAAAAUCAUUUUUUAUUUACCACUAAAUUAAUGUUUAUAUGAUAAUUAAUCUACAUUGAGAGCAAAAUGACACCAAAGUCAAAUUCCUGUUUUGUGAGCAGACCUGGCCAAUGAAAUGAUUCUCUGAAGAAUUACAGGAAGGAGUUUAGAUUGAAAUCUUGAUGCCUUCCUCUUGCUGCUGCUGUUUUCCUCCGUGAUGCAUUCUGAGCUUUACUCUGUUUUCAAAUCAUUUCUGUUAGCUGGAGCUGCUGCAACGUCACGUUUUAAAUCACUUUCCAUUAGUUCUGUCCAAACAGAAACAGGAGUCGCUGCAGGUCAUUCAGAUAACUCUGCUCCAUGUGCUUCAUUCCUCAAUAAAGAUCAAGUCUUUCCUUCUGUUUCUUCAUUAAUUAUGUUAAAAAUAAUGUUUUAAAUUUACCUGAUGACGUGUAUUUCACAUCAGGUGUUUUGUUCUACAUGCGGUUUAAAGAAAAUAACAUUGAUUCCAACAUCAAAACAAGAAAAAUUGACGUAAAACAAUGUUAACAGUGUCAUUCUGCUGUGGAAACUCAUUGAAAUUAUUUUUAUUAUUUCUGCUUUUUCCUGCUGUGUGAGUUUCACAGAAGAAGAAGAAGAAGAAGAAGAAGAAGAGGAGGAAUUCAUUUUGAAGCCUGAUAACAGAUGAUAAUUAUCAUCACAACUCAGACACAUGAGGGCUGCAGCAGAAAAACUGAAAAGCUCCGAAGCUUCAGAAAAAGGUAGUCUAGCGCCCCACUGUGGAGGAAGAGGGAACUGCAGAGACAAAAAUGACUAAAAAGGAGAAAACCGUUUCAGUGCAUUAAAUUAAUGAUAGCUCUUUCACAUUAACUGUAUUAUUAUUACCUUUGGUAGUAGUAAUAUUAGGAUGCACGGAGAAUUGGUUGGUGGAGAUGAGAAAAAAUACAAAAACAAAGCAUUGAGUCCAAUAAAUUUUUAAAUAAUAGAUUUAACGUUUUUGCUGUUUUGACAAAAAUUAAUCAGUUUUUCAAUCAUUUUUAUACAAGUUAAAAUAAUUAACUGAAAUGUUUUCUUCCUCAGUUUUCUGGUUAGCUGCCAGUCAAAUUCAUCAAACUGUUUUGUUGCUCAAACUAACGUAGAAAACAUGAAAUGGAAACAAUUUGGAGCCAAAAACCUACAAGCUGGUGACAUUUAAAUACAUUUUAAAUAAAUGUAAUGUGUCAACAAUAUACAAUAUUACAUGAUUUAUAAUCCAAAGUAGGGAUUAUGGUAGGGAAAUUUAUUAUCAGGUAAUAUAACAUAAAAAUCAGAUUAAUAAAGUCAUAAUAUAAAAUCUGAUAAUUAAACUCCUGGCCGACUAAAAUCAGAAGAUUUGUGGCCACAUUUAUGCUAAACUAACGUAACAAUUAUUGAAUAGUGAAUAAAAGUGGAAAAAACAAGUUUCUGUUUCAUUUCAUGAUCUGUAGCAUUUCCUGGGUUUGAAACGGAGAAACAAAUAUUGUUUGGGGGCCAAAAGGAAAGGUUGGUGGGGUCUGGAAGAAAUCAAACUGUCCGCCAGGGGGCGCCAGAGAUCAGCCAGUUCUGAGCACAACGGGAGAAAAGUUGCUCUGAUGUCUCAUAUUUUCACACAGUCAGAUUAUUUGUAGAUCAGUGUCGGUGCAGGACAUGUUCAGCCAAUCACAGCCCUCUCUCAGGGAGACGGUUGUCAUGGAGACGGCCACGUGGCCCCCGAUGCCCCAGAUUAUUCAGCUGCUCUCCCCCUCUCUCCUCCUUUGUUCCCGGCCAGUCUUCCUCGUCUUUCACAGCUCGUUUUGUUCCUCAUGUCAGGAUUUUCUCCUUCUUGUCUCUCUGACGUUUCAGACUUCCUUUUCCUCUUCAUCCUCAAUUCUUUGACCUUCAGGGAUUCCUGAACACAUCCCUCGCUCCGUUCUUCUCGUCCUUUUCUUCUCUCUCUCUCCUGAUGGAUGGAUGUACCUCCUGUUAUGUAAUUCUCAGCCAAUCAGAUUCCUUCAAUGUGUGACAUCACAGAAUGGAGGCCGGGGCGGGACAUCCAUCAAUAACGACGUUCUUUGCUGAUCUGUGCGUGUUUGAGCUGGUUGGUUGCCACGGUGACAGAGAUUAAACGACCUCAGGUUUCUCCCUAAUCGACCACGGUCACCUCCUCGUCGUGUCCCAUAAUGCACCUGUGACAAGGUGUUGCAUAACAGCAGCAGAGAGCGAGGCUUAGCCAAUCGGAGCGAACAAAGUCACGCAAGGACAGAUUCCCUCAUGCAGGCAAGAGCUGUGAGAACCAUUUGCUCCACCAGUGGGACCAGUGGGACCAGUCUGAUCAAUCACAGCGUCGAUGAGCAUCACCAGCUCUGGUCCAGAGGUCAUGACCUCAUACCUAGAAACAGGAAGUGUCUCCUCUCACUUCUGCAAAGGGAAGGAAACAGAUCGAGCUCCGAAGGUCAAAACGCCUGGAAGAGAAAAAGCUCAGCACUAGUUCCCCUAAAAAACUCAGAAAAAGUUCUGGACUUCCUGUUUCAGACGGUCUGGACUUCCUGCAGAAAGGCCUGGUUCUGGGAACACUGGAGAGGCUCCAGUUCAAACUGGUUCAUCAUCUGGAGCUCUUUGUGUUUUCAAAACCUCAAAAUAAAGUCAUUGAUCGCCUCAUAGUGGUUCAUAUCGACAAGAUGGCCGCCUGACGGCGAUGUGAGGCCGUCGGAGGACAGGGAGAGAAACUGAACUGUAAACCAGUUCCAUCCUUAUGUUUCAGUGCAAAUUGAGUCAUUUUUGUGUAAUAUAGUUUUAAUUCUGUAAUAUUUGGUCUAAAACGCCUCAGUGCUGCCCCCUUUGAGGUGAACGGUGGUACUACAGUUGAAUUUUCCUAUUGGUUCCAACAGUGAACCAUCCAGUCACUUAACUGAAAAAUGUCUCUAGAUUGAUUGGAUUUUGAAAAAAAAAGUAGCUAGAUUUGUUUCUAGUCACUUUAUUGAAAAUAUGUCACAACAAAUGUCAGCAACUUUUUCGCGGGUCGUCACCUUCACUGUCUCUUGUCGUCCCACACUUGGCCACGCCCCUCCGUGUAUCUUGGCUCCGCCCACUUUGUUGAAAAUGUUCAAAAAUUGCCUGGACUCUUCGGACCAGGCAAAGUUUUCACGUCUGUUAUUUUUGUUUUUAUGAACCUGUGUGAACUGCAGCCUCAGUUUCCUGUUCCAGCAGGCAGCGGGAUAACAACUGGGUGUGUGUGUGUGUGUGUGUGUGUGAGUGUGUGUAUUGAAAAUCAAUCGUUGAGUUAGUUCCCAAACCGUACUGGUAUCAAUACGUUUGGCUGCAUGGAAACCAGUCUGAACCACCAAACACUAAGGUCGGAGGUCAGGGUGUGAGGGCGGUUAAUUUUAUGCAUCGAUGACCUCAUCUUCGCCAGCUGGUUGUCAUGGAGACGAGACUCAUAAGUGCGGCCCGAGCGCACCAGGAGGCGUAGCUGAAGGACGGAGUGUGAAGGGCAGAGAAGAGGGAGAGGCUGAAGGCGUUCUGAUCGGCUGAUCAGUAAUCUGCUGAUCAGUGUGUGUGUGUGUGUGUGUGUGUGUGUGUGGAUUAUCUCAUUAGCUGUGUUAAUGUCGACAGCCGCUGCAGCCUCGUGAACCUGAGGAAGUGUUUCUCCAUCGGUUCUCCAGGCUGAAUGAAGGAAAGUUGAUGCUGCAGUCGAUUCGACCCAAACGUUACAAUCAGCUCACAUGUCUAAGUAUUUAUAUUUUUUUAAUGAUAAAAUUACAGUUAAAUCUUAAGAAAAAUGUUAUUUGACUGAAUUACAUUUUAUUUCCUUCUUUUCCGCUUAUUGUUCUGAUCCCAGUUUGGCAACUUCACUUAUUUGAAAUACGGCAGAUUAUGACUUGUGAUCAAAGCCAAGUAAUAAUAUUUUAGUUAUAUAAACAGCUAACAGAGCAUGAAAAGUUUAAAUAAGUUUACUGAUUGUCUGCAUCUGGUGGAUCCGUCCCACUUCUACAGAAGUUGCUGAAAAAAAGACCAGAACUUCUCAUUUGUUGUCUGGUUCACAGCUAAGCUACGUUAGCAUGCGGUUUGAAGCUGCAACAGGAAAAACACGUGAAAAGGGAAACAUGUAUUCAACUUUCCAUAAAUAUCAGGUUCUGCUGAGGGUUCGGUCUGAAACAAAGCAACACGAUGCUUCUGCCUGAUUGGUCCCAACGUUGAGCGAUCAAUCAAUCAACGAUCAUCAUCAGAAGGUUUUAUGAUUUCUUAGUCUGGACCUUUUUCUCUUUGAGCUUUUUGUUGGCAGGAUGUCAUAAGGCUGUUAUAAGACUUUAUUCUUUUUAGAUCAUUGCAGAAUGGAAAAGUUCUGCCUGCUUAUUCCAAGUUAUAUAAAACUAAAGUAUAUUAUCACUACUGAAUAAAUAGAUUUAAAUACAGAUUCACAAGGCUGAGAAAAGCUUCGUUUAGGUUAGAAAGGAGGUUGUAAAUUGUAAAACUUUGUAAUUUAAUAUUUUACAUUGAAAAUGUUAAAAGUCUGAUCCACCUGCAGGUUUUACUCUACAUUAUUAUUAUUAUUAUUAACAAUGAUAAUAACAAUAACAGUAGUAAUGUGAAGGGACUGAACUCGCUUCCUGCUCUCAGGUUUUUUUUGGUUUAGCGAAUGAAUCGUUGGUUCGUUAUUAACAAAACAAAUUCAACCAAAUUAUCAAAUGUGACCCAAGGAAUAAUAAACAGAUAAAAUGUUGGGUCAGCUCUGAUUAAACUACAUUAUGACUUAUGAUUUUAAAACAUCAGAUGUCUGGUUGUGUAAUUUUGCGCCAUCUUGCUGAGAUUAUCGGUCUUUAUGUUGAUCCGCUGUAAUAACUGUGACGUAACUCUGCAGAUUAAACAUCCUUGGUUCGUCUCUGAACAGAAAUAAAACGUUUCCUCAUGGUGAACAGCUCAGUGAUCAGGAGUCUUGGUGGUUUCCCUCCUUCCUUCCACCUUGUUGCUGAACAAAGCGGUCAUGGUCGCUGACCACCGGUUGCCUGGUAACCAGGCUCUGAGGGUCGACGCUCAGAUGGACGAGGCGACAGCGAACGCUGCAUCUGCUGACAGCUGCUGUUCAAAAGCUGCCAGCAGGCUUUGUUCACACGCAUAAAAACUUUACUCAGCAUGCAGGACCACGACUGGCGCGGCCGCACCGGCUGAAUGAGGCCAUGACGUCAUCAGCGCCGAGCGCAGCGGACAGGAAACGCCUCCAUGUUCAGACAGCUUUCCUUCUGGCACGUCCUCAGCGAUAUUAACCCGAGAAGAAUCGGUGGAGUUUGGGCCCAUAUCCGACCCAAAAGAACUUGAACUAGUAGUUCACACACCGCAGAAAAACUGAUGAAAAAUAUCAAAGUUUUGGUGGAAAUUAAACCUUCCUGAUGGAAGCUGAAGCCACUUCCUGUUUGGCAGCAAAGAACUGAAAAACACUUCCUCCAGCGUUUUGAAGAAGUCAUUUCUAAUUAUUAUCUGUUAUAUGAUUUAGAAGAUGUCAUCCUACUGAGAUGUUUUUGUUUAACAAAGAUCCUUCCUGUGCAGUUUGGAUUCAAUCAGAUCAUGAAUGUUUGAUUUAAAACCAAACAUACGAAAAGGCGACGCGUAGAAAUUCACCACUAACACAAUCCAGAGUACGACGAAAUAUCAACCUAUGAGUUAAAGUUAAUGGCAGGCGCUGUAGAAGGAAUUAGGCCACCAAACAUCUGAAUAGAAAUCCUUUGGUGCAUAGUCAAAGUUUGAGCAUUGGCCACGUUCCUUUAGCGUACACAAAACAAAUCUGAAUUUUGAUAACUUUACAUCCCCAAUGUCUAUCAGCAAAAACACCAAUUUUCAAGUCAAUCAAAAACAAACGGAAAAAUGUGACUAAGACUUUAAGUUUAAUCCAAAAUGGCCGACUUCCUGGUUGUUGUAGCGUGUCGGUGAAAGAGAUUUUUCUGCAGUUCUUGAAAAGUACUACAGAUUUACCAAAUUUCCUACCUAUUUGAUAAAUUAAGUGUUUUUUAACAGAUAUUUCUGAUUUAGAAAAAUCUUUAAUGAGUUUUUGUAUCUGUUAAAGCCUAAAAUAAUCCAGUUAGAUUGACUGAAGUAUAAUGGAAACAGUUCAGAUGCUGAAUGUUAUCAAUAGUAAUAAAAUUCAGAUUAAACUGG